AACUCGGGAUCGGGAGCUGGUCCCCUCAAGAGUUAGUCACUGCAGCGGAUUUGACCCUAGGUACCAGAACAACUGAGGCAGUGGGAUCACCGGCGACCAUGGUGGAGGGAGGUGAACCGAGAGGCUGGAGCCACUUUGGUGGCGGGAAUUGUAGUUUUCGGUGUUCCGAAGACUCGGUUGGACAGACUUACGGCUGAGCAGGUUUACACUACAUCUCCCAAAGUUCCAUAGCAGCUCGACUUGGGCCGUUCCUGACAAGAUCUGCAUUUUGGGAUAUGAAGUCCAAAAUGUGGCAAGGCGUGGCCAUGUCCAAAGAGAGGUGCUGGACUCGGACUCAGUUUCCCUGCGGCCCCGGCAGACUCGUUGGCUAUUGGCUGAGCGGGGCGGAUCUGGUCCCGCUCCUCCCCGCCCCAGUGACACAAUAGCAGCUCCCUCCAAGAUGGCGGCGGCGACGGCGGACCAGGGAGCUGGGAAUCCGCAGGCUGGAGACACCUCCGGCGGGGGUGCGGGGGGCGGUCUGCCGUCCCCGGGGGAGCAGGAGCUGAGCCGGCGCCUGCAGCGCCUGUACCCCGCGGUCAACCAACACGAGACGCCGCUGCCGCGCUCCUGGAGUCCCAAGGACAAGUACAACUACAUCGGCCUCUCCCAGGGCAACCUCCGCGUCCACUACAAAGGUCAUGGCAAAAAUCACAAAGAUGCGGCCUCAGUGCGGGCCACCCACCCCAUACCUGCUGCCUGUGGCAUUUAUUACUUUGAGGUGAAGAUUGUCAGCAAAGGAAGAGAUGGGUACAUGGGAAUAGGACUCUCAGCUCAAGGCGUCAACAUGAACAGACUUCCUGGUUGGGACAAACAUUCCUAUGGUUACCAUGGCGACGAUGGGCAUUCCUUCUGCUCGUCAGGGACUGGCCAGCCCUAUGGUCCCACAUUCACCACAGGAGAUGUGAUCGGCUGCUGCGUCAAUCUCAUCAACAGCACCUGCUUCUACACCAAGAAUGGCCACAGCCUUGGUAUAGCCUUCACAGACCUCCCGGCCAACCUGUACCCCACCGUAGGCCUGCAGACGCCAGGGGAGAUUGUGGACGCCAACUUUGGGCAGCAGCCCUUCCUGUUUGACAUUGAGGACUACAUGCGGGAGUGGCGUGCCAAGGUCCAGGGCACUGUCCACUGCUUCCCCAUCAGUGCCCAGCUUGGCGAGUGGCAGGCAGUGUUGCAGAACAUGGUCUCAUCUUACCUGGUGCAUCAUGGGUAUUGUGCCACGGCCACAGCUUUUGCCCGAAUGACUGAAACCUCGAUUCAGGAAGAACAGGCCUCCAUAAAGAACAGACAAAAAAUCCAGAAGCUGGUGCUAGAGGGCCGCGUGGGUGAGGCUAUUGAGACCACACAACGCUUCUACCCAGGGCUGCUGGAGCAUAACCCCAAUCUGCUCUUCAUGCUCAAGUGCCGACAGUUUGUGGAGAUGGUGAAUGGGACCGACAGUGAGGUCCGCAGCUUGAGCUCCCGAAGCCCCAAGUCCCAGGACAGCUACCCUGACUCCCCCAGCUUCAGCCCCCGCCACGGCCCCAGUAGUUCCCACGUGCACAACACAGGAGCAGACAGUCCCAGCUGCAGCAAUGGCGUCGCAUCUACCAAGAGCAAACAGAACCACAGUAAAUACCCCGCACCCAGCUCCUCCUCCUCCUCCUCGUCCUCCUCGUCUUCCUCCUCCCCGUCCUCCAUCAAUUACUCUGAAUCCAACUCAACAGACUCCACCAAGUCCCAGCCCCACAGCAGCACCAGUAACCAGGAGACCAGUGACAGUGAGAUGGAGAUGGAGGCAGAGCAUUACCCCAAUGGUGUGCUGGACAGCAUGUCCACACGCAUCGUCAAUGGUGCCUAUAAGCAUGAGGACCUGCAGACAGAUGAGUCCAGCAUGGAUGAUGGUCAUCCCCGGAGGCAGCUCUGUGGAGGGAACCAGGCUGCCACAGAAAGGAUUAUCUUGUUUGGCCGUGAGUUGCAGGCACUGAGCGAGCAGUUGGGCCGGGAGUAUGGCAAGAAUUUGGCCCACACAGAGAUGCUGCAGGAUGCCUUCAGCCUGCUGGCCUAUUCGGACCCCUGGAGCUGCCCUGUUGGCCAGCAGCUCGAUCCCAUCCAGAGGGAGCCAGUCUGUGCUGCCCUCAACAGCGCCAUUUUAGAAUCUCAAAAUCUGCCAAAGCAGCCCCCUCUGAUGCUCGCCCUGGGCCAGGCCUCUGAAUGUCUGCGGCUCAUGGCCCGAGCGGGCCUGGGAUCUUGCUCCUUUGCCAGAGUUGACGACUACUUGCACUAGCUGACCACGUUGGCUGGCCCCACCUGGCCUCCUGCGACCCCCAGGCUGGAACAGCCCUGCCCUCCAUAGGCACCUAGCACAGGGACCUGGAAGCCAUGGGCAGAGUCCACUCCUGCCGACACCUGCCUGGCCUUCCCCUCCUCUCCUUUUCCUUCCUGCCUUCCUUCCUUUUCCUUCCUGCCUUCCUCCUUUUCCUGCUCCUUCAGUCUGUCUCUCCCCCGUUCACGUGCAGCGGCCUAUAACACAGUAUUGGCUGGUUACUCUCAUGUAGCGCCUUCUACUUUGAAAGGGGGGUUGUUUUGAAGGGAGGCUGGGUUUUUUAAUCUUUUUUUCCCUCCUGACUGAGCCACCAGUAUUUAUCUCUGGAGAGUUUGUGCUGAGCUGGUUUCUGCUAAUUUAGUGAUGAAGCCUAUCCAAGUUGGUGAUAGCUUAUUAUUUUCAUAAUUAAAAAAUGAGAUUAUAUAUAUAUAUAUAUAAAACAAAACAGUAUUUAUCAUAGUGUUAGUGAUCCUGCACCUCUUGGGUGAGGCUGUCCAGACACCAUAUGUUUUUAUUCGAGUCCCACUCAUUAAAAAAGAAUCAUCUCUGUCACCUCAACCAAGUGGUUUGUUUCUUUUAGGCUCCCCCUUCAUUGAGGCACAGGUCCAGCUGAGCCUAGGGAAGCCGAAUAGGACUUUGGGAGGGGGACCUAGUGAGAGGGGACCUAAGCUGGUUUGCUGUAUCCCCAAAAGUGUGGGGUCCCAGGCACCUAAGAGCUGGACUGAGUAGGCAACUGCAAGGCUUAAGGUCCAGAGAUGACAAGUUGGCCCAGGGCCACACAGCAAAGCAAGGGAGUAGAGGGUCCUUGGCCAGCACGCUGUCUACCAUCCUACCCUGCAUCUCACUGCCUGCCUCAACUCCUUUUCUCUAUUCCCUUUUUUAUGCCCUGCUUUCCCUUAUUAAGGUGGCCAAAUAAUUCAUUUACUCUAAAUUGAUUGCCUGGAAACUACCUGCCUUCGACCUGAGAGCUGCUGUGUCAGGCUGCGGGGAGGAAAUCUCCAUUCCCAGGACGGAGGCCCUCGAGCAUCUUCUCCAUCUCUGCAGAGUUCUGUUGGAAUGGAUGCUUUCUGUCAAGAGCCAGUCAGUACCUUGUGGAGGCAGAUUCUUGGGUUGGCUGAUUCCUGGAGCAGCAGAGUGCUUGACCCCUAGGCCAGCCCUUACUCCAGUUUUGCCAGGCAGCUCCCUGCAGCUUGGCCCCAGCCACUGUUCAGCAAAGUGUCAUGAGUAUUUGCUGGCCAACGAAAGGCACCCCAUGGGCUUUACAAAUGUCCCACUAGAUGUUUCCAGAUGGAUCCUCACAGCUGGGGGGACAUUACCAUCAGGAAUCGGGAGAGGAAGGUCUUAGAUGGUUGCCAGAACUUGAUGGGCCAUCUGUGGAGAGGGGAGGGAGGAGACCUACCCAGAGGAGGACCAUGAAGUGGGAGACUUCCCUACCUCCCUCACAGGCCUUGGGGAGGGCACAAGCAGCCUCCUGCAAAGGGGAGGGUCAGCCAUGGCAAGGCCAGAAGUUGAACUUGCAGGCCCUGCUUGGACCUGGGCUGUAUAAACUAUUGUUCCAUUGUUAGUGGACAUAGGAAUGCUUGGUAUGGCCUGAGAUAUUCAACACCCACCAGGCCUCGGCAGGCCCGCAUCUGGAAAAGAAACAUGAUUGAGUCGGACCAACUGCUGGAGAUGUGCAGAAGCCUGGCCCUGUGCUCUCCCACAGUUUUGCCUUGGGAGUGACUUUAUGGGCUGCUGCUUUUUCUUGAUCCCUGCCAGGGCCCCAGCUGGCAGCCCACGUAGGAGAGGUUAUCCUACCUGUAAAGGAAAAUCAUCUUCUGCAAGGCUGGGAAUGCCUAGUUCCCAAACCCAGAGGGUAGAAACAUCAGGCCGUUAAAAUGAUCAUAGCCUACCUAGCAGGAUUGGGAACCAAAACCAAAGGCUUUUGCGUGGGAACGGAGUUCAGAGAACAUCUUCUCCACCAGUUCUCUUUUACAGAUAAGGAAACAGACCCAGGAGAUAGAUUUGGCCAAAGUCACACAGCAAAUUAAUGGCAGAGCUGGGACUAGCCACAUCCCUGCCAGUUGGGCAACACUGUUGAGUCCUAAAAGCUGAAUAGUGGAUGAGCCCCCUGUGAGGGGUUAGGCUGACGUGGCCUCCAACAGCGACUGAGCAGGGUUGUGUGAGGGGUGGAGAUGGGUGCCUGGGCUUGGCUUGUGGAGUAGCUGAGAAUGGCCCAGGAGGGCUUGGGACAGCUGCGUGCUGCAUGGGGUUUGCUGUCCGUCUGGCUCGCACUCAGUACCCAUGGCUGCCUCCCCAUUUUCUGUGCCUUAUCUCACUGUUUCUGCUGAGUCCAAGUUUACUCUGUUCCUCUCCAGAGGGGUUCUCUGUCCCAGCUGGACAGCUCACCUUUGGGACAUAAGCCUUUGCCCCACAAACCGUGGAGAUGGCCAAAAACAAGCUGCUUGAGCCCACCGUCUUGCUGAUAGUGCAGGCCUGCCUGCCAGCCAGAGGAGCCCCUAUGCACAACCAGUCCUACCCACCCGCUUCCAGGAGCUGAGUGGGGGAGGAGCCUGGUGAAGGGCUGGACCUGGCUCUGUGGGGCUAUCUAGCCCUGGGGGAGGAGCCUUCUCUAUUUACUUUUCCCCUUUGCCACUCCAAAUGGUCGCUUCUUCCAGAGUGGAAACUGGUAGCUCACUCAAAGAAAGCCAGAACCCCUGAUCUCCACCCACAUGGGUCUGUGGCUGGCUGCAGGCUGUCAGAACAGGGAAACCAAGAGACAGAGAAUAUGGGUCUGCCUGGCCACCCAGCGCCUUCCUGCCCCUUAAGCAAGCACAAAGAAGAUGAGGCAGAGAACUGUUGGAACUGCAGGUUCCUUUGGUUGCUCACAACUCAGGUAUGCACACCAUGUGGCACCCAGGCAGCAGUGCCUACUUGACUGCCAGUUCGGUGCACCCAGACCUGGGGCCAGACUGUGGCCUCUGGCUGCCUCAGGCACCCACCUCUUUGCAUAGGGUUUCCCCUCCAUUAGUAACCACAGCUAACAGACGUCCUCCACAUUGUGCACACUGGCUCUGCCUUUGUCCUCGAAAGUUUGUUAAUUGGCAUUAGCAUGAAACUUGUGGGUGCGGGAGGGUUUAGAGAGAAUUCUAACACAAAAUAUCCUAUUAAAAUUGUACUUGAGAGAUGAAAAAA